GCGCCCGCCCUGCUGACCCCGCCACCCUGGGCCCGGCUUUCCAUUCGCCCGGGUCGCGGGUGGGAGGCAAGGAACGCCGGGGUUCAGGAGCCUGGCUCCCCGCCAAGGCUGCGGCCUUCGGCCCCGGGGCCACAAGGCGGCCGCGCCUGGGCGGCGGGCGGGGAGGACGGCGGCCCGGCGGCAGCUCAGCCAUGGGCUCCCGCAGCUCCCACGCCGCCAGGAUCCCCGACGUCGACAGCCUCCGGCGGGAGACCGGCUUCUCGCAGGCCAGUCUGCGCCGCCUGUACGACCGAUUCCAAGCGCUGGAUAGGACCGGCAAGGGCUACCUGAGCCGCCUGGAUCUGCAGCAGAUCGGGGCGCUGGCCGUGAACCCCCUGGGCGACCGCAUUAUAGACAGCUUCUUCCCAGACGGGAGUCUGCGACUGGACUUUCCAGGCUUUGUCAGAGUCUUGGCUCAUUUUCGACCUGUGGAUGAAGAGGACGAUGGAAACCGGGACCCCAAGGAACCCGAGCCCCUCAACAGCAGAAUGAACAAACUUCGCUUUGCCUUUCAGCUCUACGACUUGGAUCGAGAUGGGAAGAUCUCCAGGCAUGAGAUGCUGCAGGCACUCCGACUGAUGGUUGGGGUACAGGUGACAGAAGAGCAGCUGGAGAGCAUUGCCGACCGCACGGUGCAGGAAGCGGAUGAAGAUGGGGAUGGAGCUGUGUCCUUCCUGGAGUUUGCCAAGUCCUUAGAAAAGAUGAACAUCGAACAGAAAAUGAGCAUCCGGAUUCUGAAGUGACCCCCGUUGUGCCUUUGGGUAGCUUACAUGGACCAGUUCUGCUUGGGAUUUAUCCUCGGGGAGGCACAGCCCCAGUGAACUGUAUUCUUAUGUCUACACUGAGCUCUAUUUAGGGCCAAGGAGAGAAAACCGGAAGGAUGUGUAUAAUUCACCUGAUCUCAGAUCUGUGAAUGGGCCAGAAAUCUUGGCGGUUUUAAGUGACCGAAAACCCAAAUCAAAGUUAAAGAAGAAUUUUAUGGACGCAUACAUUGAAAAAGUAUGAAAGUAUCUUCAGAAAACUGGGAAAGUCUGGAAGUGUCUCAGGCACAGCUGGAUCCAAGGGCUCAAAGGAUGCUAUUGGGACUCAGUUUUUCUCUGUCUCUCAUCUCAACUUUCUUUUGUGUUGGAUUCAUUCUCAGGAGGGCUCUUUUCCUUGUGGUGGAGGAUGGUCACGUGCAGCUCCAGGAUUCCAUCCUCCUAGCGUGGGAAGAGAUUUUCUUUUCUCAACAGUUCCAAGCAAAGAGUGUCCUUAGCCCCACUGGAGCCUUGUCCCUUCUCCAGGGGAAUGGGACUCUCUAUUUGGCCAGGACUGUGUCGUGUCCCAACCACUAAAGCCAGGAAGUAAGGCCUGAGGACUCAAGAUAGGGUAAGGGGUAGUUGCUUCAAGAAAAUGAAAGGCUCUUAUCAGAAGGGGAAAAGAUAUUGGUCAAGCAAAACAAGAAGUCUCCAUUACUGUUGGGUUGACCAAGUGGAGGGAUUCUUAAAGUCUGGUUUCUUAAAUGGGUUUUCUCUGAUCUCAUAGGUAUUUGCCAGUGUGAUGAGGAUGGGUAGCUGGGGAAGAGGUGAUGUAAAAAUAAUAAAGAAGACAUCUUCCUAGAGUAUGAGAUAAUUAAAAGGUUUGGGGAGUACUUCCUUUUUUCUCAUCGUAAGAUGUUCAAACAUUGGCAUGUCACAGAAUAGAGUAUAAAAGUCACAUAAAAUCUGGAGAUCCUAUGUCCAUCACGAAGAAGUCUGGCUGUACAUGUAGGAGAUGCUAUGGGUACCCUGCCUGUAUCCCUUCCCAGGCCUGUGCUGGAGUUGUCUUGUAUCAGCACAUGGGAGCCAACUGUGCUUCUGUCUUCCUGACUCCGCCUUCAGUGAUGUCAGACUUGGUGGCUUCAAACUGCUGUGUUGGGAGUCUUUCUUUACAUCAUAGACACUGGCAGAUGCAACAGUCUGGGGCUUUUCUGCUUAGAAGAGCCUGUUGUUAAACAUUUAUUAGCAUAUCAGCUGCCUGGCAUUCACCAUUACUGUGUAUGCCAAUGACUUUUCCCCAGCUUUAUUGAGGUAUAAUUGGUGUACAAAAAACUACAUAUAAUUAAGGUAUGCAAUUUGGUGAGU